UUCUCUGUAGCUCUCUCCAUAUAUAUACCUCUCGCCUUCUAACCCUCGCCUUUCUGUUCUCUUUGUCCCUCUCCCUCGUCUCUGAAGCCAUGGCGCGAGUUCUCUCACAAAGCUUCAUCCGCCUCUCCUCAUCAUCAUUCUCUGCCGCCGCCGCCUCCUCAUCCUGCGUCGUCCCCCGGCGGAACCGGUCGCACCAGUCGGGCAAGGCCCAGCUGAUCGAGGUGGACAUGGAGUCGGAAGGCGGAGACGUCGAGGUUCUGAGCAUCAGGAAGCUGGAGGACGUGAUCCAUCGAAUCAUCGCGCAACGCUCGGCGCCUUCCUGGCUGCCCUUCAUUCCGGGAUCCUCCUACUGGGUCCCCCCUAAACGCCCAAACCUCGUCGAGGUUAUCGGCAAGGUCGCCAAUACCCUCAACCCCGAGGAAUCUCUCUCCUUCACCACCCCACGAGGCUGGCCCUGCUCCGCUUUUUUCAUCGAAGAUUUUGCUCCCCCAGUUCCAAUGAUGGAGGUUGAGGUGAAGGUGCAGAGUGAUUCAGAGAGCAUAAGUCAGUCAAAGGACCAGGAAGGAUGAACUGCACCUUUUUGAUAAAAAUUGGUUGCUGGGGUGAGUUUCCUUGGCAAUCGCCAGUUCUUGUGUCAAGUCCUGAAUUUAACUUUUAUUACGGUACAGGUAGGACAUAAGGGGAGGGAAAUGAGUUCCUUUGCAAUGACCCAUUCUGUGUUCAAUCAUAAAUUGGACCUAUAUAAUAUGGGUACUGGCAGGACAUAAAAUGCGAAAGUUACUUCCUAGCUUUGGUGUGCUUUCAGGGGUACAGCUUCAACAUACACGGUUCAGGCGCAAAUUUCCAAUUUUAGUACAUGAAACACUUGCUGAAUUGUGUUGAAGUUUGUAGGGUCUUAUCUUAUUGAGCCAUCAUCUUUCCUCCACAAUUUUUUCACGAAACUAUUAUUUUUUUUACUCUUUUCAUAUUUUUAUCUUUAAAAGUUUUGCAGUUAUACUCCUACUCAACGGCUCAUUGUCUCCUAUUUUCCCUCCAUUCUCUCUUUUCCUCUCCUUUAAACUUGGCCUCCCUCCACUGCACAUACAACGCAACCCCAGUUAUCAGAUAUAAUUAAUUUUCUAAAUGUGAUGGCUGUUUGGUGAUUGGAAUUGCAGGCUCGAUUGCCCUUGUAGAUAUUGGGAAAGGAAACGGAGAAGCUUAUUGAUUUAGCCAAAACGGAAGGCAGGUGAGACUGGGUCAAUGUAAUACUGUUCUGUACAUACGAAUUUAACCUGUCUGUCUGUUCUGUUGGUGGUAGUGUUUUGUGUUGGGUGAGGGAAGUCUGUGUGACCUACCCAUUCUUCUUUGCGUUACGCGCGUCAUGUACAAUGGAUGCUUUUAUGUUCCAACUACUGUUGUGGUUUUUAUGUCAAGUUGUGAUAUUAUUGUAGCAUAGUGGUAAUUCAUUUUAUCAGCUUAAGUUUUUGAAAA